GCAGGGGACCUAACCUCAGGGUGGGUGGAGGCUUCUCUGAGGAAGCAGUGCUGUCUGAAAAUGAAACGGGAAGGCACAGUGAAUUGCUCACAGGUAAGAAAGAGCGGGGCUUCUUGGUGGCAAAUUGUCACUGACUGUAACUGGUGAGACAGAAAGAAGGAAUGGAGAGCAAAGAGAGAUGGAAGCCCUGACAGACAGGUAGGCAGGGAUCCGCUCACAGGGGUUUUGUACUUAGAACUUAGAAAUUUAUCCAAAGAGCCACAGGGAAACCAAAAGGUUUUAUUCACGGGUAUGACUUGGCCUUGUAGGAGUGCAAGUGGGAGACGGUAGGCUGAACUCAGGUCGUGGCGGCAGGACAGGAGACUCUUCCAAUGAGUAGCUCUGAUGUGCCAGGCUUGGUUAAAAUGCUUUACAUGCAUUCUCCAGUCUGAUCCUCCCAGCAGUCUUUAAAGGCAGGGAAGGAUUACUGACAUCUCCAUUUUUUAGGUGAGGCACAGAGAGUAAAUCACACAGUCAUUGUCAGGGCUGGAACAGAACCCACGAAGAUAUCCUCUGGGUCCUGCAUGACACCACACUGCCUCCCACAGGACUGAGGCAAAGUGGACUAAUUAGAAAGAUGUGGGUGGAGAAAGUGGUCCUCUCUUGCUGUGCCACAAACCCUUUUUACAUGUUCUCUCUCUCCCAUGCUUCCCAAUAAGUGGCCCUCUGCCUCUUGCUAACAUCUCCUGACUGAUCCUGUGUGCCCCUUUUUCCACUGCCUUUCCUGUAUUUUCCAGAAAAAGAUGCAGGGAUAUCAUUAGUACAGGUUUUAGAGAGACCAUGCUGGAGAGCUCAUCUACUGUACCUGUUCAUUUUAGAGAUGAGAGGGGGAACAUUGAUCCAGCCAAUGUGAAAUUCCGUCCGUCAGGAUAGAUGUCGGACCUAGGACACAAGCUUCCCAGCUUUCGCUGCUCUUUCCACAAUUCUCAGCUUCCUGCAGCUGAAGGAGAAAUUUGAGCCUCUGAGAGAGCAUGAUAAUAAUGGCUCAUGUUUGCUGAGCUGCUUAUUGCCUUCUAGUCAGUGUUCUGAAAGUUUCUGUGUGUGUGUGCUCAUUGAAUUCUCACAAUCAUUUGAGGUAGACACUAGUAUCAUCUCCAUUUUGCAGAUGAGGAAUCUGGAGCACAGAGAGGUUAAGCAGAGUGCCCAGUGUCACACAUCACAGAAGAUCUUAUUAGACGGAAUGCUGAACACAAUGACUGUGUCAUUUUUUCCCUGGAGGAACUCUCCUUGCAUCAGCAAGAAAUAGAAAGACUAGAACACAUUGAUAAAUGGUGCCGGGAUUUAAAAAUUCUCUAUCUUCAAAAUAAUCUUAUUGGGAAAAUUGAAAAUGUUAGCAAACUCAAGAAACUUGAAUAUUUGAAUUUGGCUUUAAACAACAUUGAAAAAAUAGAAAACUUGGAAGGAUGUGAAGAACUGGCAAAACUUGACUUGACUGUAAAUUUCAUUGGAGAGCUGAGCAGCAUUAAAACCUUGAAGCACAAUAUCCAUCUGAAGGAACUGUUUCUCAUGGGGAACCCAUGUGCUUCCUUUGACCACUAUAGGGAGUUCGUGGUAGCAACUCUUCCACAAUUAAAGUGGUUGGAUGGUAAAGAAAUAGAGCCUUCAGAAAGGAUUAAGGCAUUGCAGGACUAUUCGGUAAUUGAACCACAAAUCAGAGAGCAGGAAAAAGAUCACUGCCUUAAAAGAGCCAAACUCAAGGAAGAGGCUCAGAGGAAGCAUCAAGAAGAGGAUACAAAUGAAGACAAGAGAAGUAACUCAGGCUCUGAUGGACGUUGGUACACAGACAUCAAUUCUACUCUUUCCUCUUUAGAGAGCAAAGACCACCUACAGCCAGCAGACAUACAAGAACACAGCACAAAGAAAUUAGACACAAGUGAAGAUGAUUUAGAAUUCUGGAAUAAGCCCUGUUUGUUUACUCCUGAAUCAAGAUUGGAAACUCUUAGACACAUGGAAAAACAACGGAAAAAUCAGGAAAAAUUAAGUGAAAAAAAGAAGAAAGUGAAACCACCCAGGACUUUGAUCACUGAAAAUGGGAAAGCUCUGAAUGUAAAUGAGCCCAAAAUUGACUUCUCUUUGAACGACAAUGAAAAGCAGAUCAUCCUGGACCUUGCUGUCUAUAGAUAUAUGGAUACCUCUUUAAUUGAUGUUGAUGUGCAACCAACUUACGUACGAGUAAUGAUCAAAGGAAAGCCAUUUCAGCUUGUCCUUCCUGCAGAAGUGAAACCUGAUAGCAGCUCUGCUAAAAGAUCUCAGACAACAGGUCAUCUGGUCAUCUGCAUGCCCAAGGUAGGAGAAGUAAUCACAGGUGGUCAGCGAGCAUUCAGAUCUAUGAAACCUACCUCAGACAGGAGCAGAGAACAAACAAAUGCAAGAAGCAAGCACAUGGAGAAAUUAGAAGUAGACCCUAGCAAGCACUCAUUCCCUGAUGUGACUAACAUUGUUCAAGAGAAAAAACGCACACCCAGAAGACAAUCUGAACCCAAAAUUAUACCAAAUGAGGAAGACCCAACCUUUGAAGACAACCCUGACGUGCCUCCGCUGAUUUGAAACAUCUGGUUAUGUUGUCAUUGGCUGAGACUUACCAGGUCCAACUUUGGUUGGUGUAGAAACUGUAUGCAUAUUAUUCCUGGGAUAAACAGUUAUUUGUCAAUAUUGCUACUCCAGUGUUUUGACUCUUACUUUGCAUAGUAAUAUCCUUAAGCUAGCUUCAGAUUAAAAUGUAUGUUCUACAUUUUAUAAUGAUGGGUUAAAUGCUAUAACUCAUCAUUUACCUAUAAUAAAGGGUUGGUAUUGAAAAUGUUUAGUAAGAUCAUAGAACUAUUGCAUAAAACAUUGAUUAUAAAUCCCAGAACUGUAGAUUAAGUUGUAGAUAAAAGGACUGAGUAUUAAAUUGGUACUUCAGCAAAUUGGUCAAGCUUAGAAGUUAACACUGUAAUUUCAGAUCCAAUUGGAAUACUUUAAUACAAUUUUCAACAGCA